AUGAAUGAGGCGAGUGGUGGAAAACAAGAAUUACCAAACACUAUAAACACGACAACGUGGGAUGUUAUGUCGAGCCAGGGGAUAUCUCCGGUAGCAGGCACAAUGCACCACCAUCACAAUCUUCACCAUCAUCACCCUUCAAUGAUGCAAACUCUUCACCAAGAUCCUGGCUCAAAUGUCAGCCAAGUUAUUGUUCCAACACCGGUCAAACUUCAACCCCAACCAAUGCCCCAGACUCCAAAUAUUGUUCAAGGAUGGAAAAAAUUUUGGAGCAAACGAGAAAACCGACCGUAUUUUUGGAACAAAUUAACCGGAGAAUCAUUGUGGGUGAUGCCGGGUACAAAACCGCAGUUUGAUCCUAUAACAGACCCUCUGGGAAUUUGCGGUGGAGGAGCACCAGUGCCGCCAGGAAAUGGUCCGCUGACUCCCGGAACUCCGGGAGGUCCUCUGAAACGACGUGCCUCUGAAGAGGGUAACCCAGCAGUCGCUACAAAAAAAUUCAUGCUUCCUGGCCCGUGGGACCUCGACGUCCCGACUAAUGUCAUCAUUUUCGAGCGUGCACCUUCAAAUUUGCUGCACGUUCAUCCAGACGCAGAAGCUUUACGUUGCAGCCUCCUGUCGAAGUUACGGCAGUGUUACCAGGAACUGUGUCACACGCGCGAGUCGAUAGAUGCACCAAAAGAUUCGUUCAAUCGGUGGCUCAUGGAACGGAAGGUGAUUGAUUGCGGCUCGGAUCCUUUGCUACCCAGUCAGUGUUUUCCCGAAAUAUCUAUGUCGAUGUACCGGGAGAUAAUGAACGACAUACCCAUUAAAAUAGUACGGCCUAAAUUUACCGGCGACGCGAGGAAACAAUUGUCGAGGUACGCCGAGGCUGCUAAAAAAAUGAUUGAGUCAAGGUCAGCUUCUUCAGAGAGUAGAAAAGUUGUCAAGUGGAACGCUGAGGACACUUUUCAGUGGUUGCGACGAACAGUUGGCGCGACUUUUGACGAUUUUCAAGACCGUCUUGGCCACUUGAAGCGGCAGUGUCAGCCUCACCUCACGGAAACUGUCAAAACAAGCGUCGAGGGGAUUUGUUUGAAGAUAUACAACUUGUCGACAGACUACGCUAAAAAGGUGAAGGAUAAAAACAAUCAAAUAUUAAAAGACAAUGGCCUUGGAGAUGUGAUACCUCUUGGUGGACCAGCGAGUACUCAACGGAAAGUUUGGUGCUACUCGAUACAAUUUUCAUUGCCAGCACCACGAUUGCCGCAAAUCGAGUAUCUUCCUGAGCGUGAGCAAACAAUGUUACGUUAUCACGGUGACACUAUGUGCAUUAACAAUUUUCACUUAACGAAACUCGAGCACUUGUACAGGUACAAUUGUUUCGACGAUAAAAAGUUUGAAAUGUUUUUGCCGCGCGUUUGGUGCGCGCUUAAACGCUAUCAGACUUAUCUAGGAAUAAAUGAGGGACAUGCCACGCAAAUGGCAUUGCCUGUAACUGUCUUCGAGUGCCUGCAGAGAUCAUUUGGCGUAGCAUUUGAGUGCUUUGCUUCUCCGUUUAACUGUUAUUUUCGACAAUAUUGCUCGGCUUUUGCCGACACUGACUCUUACUUUGGCUCGCGUGGGCCUUUCUUGGACUUCAGGCCGAUCAGCGGUUCUUUCCAGGCAAACCCUCCGUAUUGCGAAGAACUUAUGGAAGCUAUGGUCAAUCAUUUUGAGAGACUACUGUCUGACUCAACAGAAUCGCUUUCAUUUAUUGUUUUUCUACCGGAAUGGCGCGAUCCUGCGCCAAACGCACUCAUCAAACUUGAAAGUAGUCAUUUUAAACGUAAACAAGUUGUUGUGCCUGCUAUGGAACAUGAAUAUCGACAUGGUUUUCAGCAUAUACUACCCAAAGGUGAAGUCAAUAUCAGAGCAGCUCACGGAACUCUUGUGGUCUGGCUGCAAAAUGCAGCGGGUACAGCUCGUUGGGGCCCGACAGAAGAGCGUGUAGAAGCGCUGCUAGAAGCCUGGCGACCUGGAAGAGAACGAGAAAGAGACCGACAAGAGCUUCUAUCACCUCCUAGACAACCAAGUCACCAACAAAUUCCAACAACUCCGCUUCCGCUUCCUUCGACGUGUCCAGUAGCUUCACCCACCAGUCCUUCAAUCGCUACCACCGCUCCACCACAAUCGCUAACUAUUCCCAACGCAAUUCCUAGUACAACGGCAAUGCCUACCACUACCACUAACUCACCUACAUCAACAUUACCACCCUUAUCUUCAUCCGUUACAGCUCAUCCCAUUUAA